CCUCCUUUGAAAAGAGUAUAUAAGACGAAGAGGUAGAAUGUUUUGACAACUGAGAUCCUACCAUCAGCAGAACACACUUUCUGUAUAUCUGCUGUGGCCAUUACUUUCUGCAGAAUGUUUCGAUUGACAAUUCUCGCUUGUAUCUGUGUGGCGACCCUAGCACAGAAUUAUUAUUCUUCUGGACAACAUUAUAAUUCAGCUUCUAGACCUCGACAGGACAACAGUGGUGUCAACGACUACUUUCAACAGUUGAAAGACCACCAGCUUCAACUGAAACAACACCAACAGGACGUUCAACGUCACCUACAGCAGCAACAUGGGUUUGGUGGGACCCCACAGUCGGAAAGGUCCCAACAUCAGCAAUACACUCCUUCAGUUUAUUCUACUGGUCAACAGCAACAGCAGUCUCCUCUCUCAACUUAUUCUGUUGGCCAACAGCAACAGACACCUUCCAUCGUUCAACACCAGGAAGCGCAAAAACGUGCACUGAUCGCCAGACAGGAACAACAGACCCAGGCCAUUUUGGAGGCACAGAAGUACGAUCAGAACCGACCCGUCAACUAUCACCCUCCCGCUCCUGUACACCGGGUGAAUAUCGGCUCUCAGCUACAAGGCGACUACGACUUCACCUAUGACACCGGAAAGGGGCCUCUUGGUCAAAGCUUUCGCACAGAAACCCGUCUUACGGACGGGACGGUGAAAGGUAGCUAUGGUUAUCUAGACACAGAUGGACGCCAGAGGAUCGUCAAUUACAUUGCUGGGAAAGCAGGCUUCGUUGCCGAAGGUGACGUUGGCCCAGAGGGUUUACCAUCAGGGACUGCGCCCGGACCAGCUCCCGAACCCGUGUCUCAGCAUCAGCAGACUUACGUUCCCCGGGCUCAACAGCAUUAUCGUCCACAACAGCAGCAUCCAAGCGCAGGUUACCAAGGUAACCAAAGUCCAGCAAUUUUUGAUACCUCCCUUUUAUCUUAUAAUAUUGGAAUUAGCAACCGAAACUAAAAGAUAAGAUUUUAAAUUCUGUUCUGCGUUUUGGAAGAUCACUGUAGACUCAUCCCAUUAUGUUUCGUUUCUACUUAUUUUCAUCUCAUAAAGAUAACGUUAGAUAUAAAAGUGAGAAUUUGAUUACCUGCAGAUUAGGAGUAAACUAAAUGUUAGAGCCAACAUCUCCAAUUGUUUAUAUUUUUAGUACCAUGUGAACAAAUAUACCAUCAAAUAAAUCCAUAAACAUGAUAUUUGCGUUUAUAAUCGGACAUUACUUUUACAUACUUGUAUAUAUAUAUAUAUAUAUAUAUAUCCAUAUACUCGUUUUCUUGUGGUCUAAUAUAUGUUCCCUUUUUGUUGAUUUUUUACGUUUUUUUAAUCAGAUUGACCAAACUUAUUUCAAAAAUGUUUUAUUGAAUUCUUGACAAUUCACGUGAGUUAUAAAAUCUUUGUUUACUGCCCUAACGAACUAAUAUGUAUUAUUCUAAUGAAUAUGUUCAGUAACUUAUCAAGUGGUUGUAAAAUCUGCCUUUUUCUCUUGCUUUCUCUGGUGAAUCAGUGUAUUUAACUAUGUUCAAAGU